CACUUGCGGCCUCCAGGCAAGGGAGGAGAAGGGAGCAAGGUCGAGGUUACGCCCGUAGGCUGACCACCGAGUGUAUCUGUGAGGACGGACGAGGGCGCAAGGCCGACAAGCGCCCGGAGACGUGGGAGGCGGACCAGCUGGUUCAGCAAAGCAAACUGGAGGACGCUAUGGCGAGCGAGGUAGAGGCAUAUGUGGAGGAGGUUCUGGCGCAUGCGCUGGAGACUGGCAGUACCGAGGUGGCGCUGACAGAGCUCGGACUUAUGGGCUUGCCCCGGUUGCUGGCUCAGGUUACGUCGGUAGUCCAGCUGGACCUCUCGUCCAACUCGCUGUUCAGCAUCCCGCCGUCGAUUCUGACGCCGCUGGUCAAUCUUCGCCAUCUCUCACUGGCUGGCAAUGCGCUUGAUGCGCUGUCAGACGUGCCGCUGCAGGUCGUCGGCGCCACGCUGCUCUCGCUGGACCUCUCGGGCAACACGCUCAGCGAGGUCAGCGAUGACAUUGCCACGCUGACUGCACUGAAGCACAUCAAUUUGGCGAACAAUGCCAUCGAGUCGGUCUCGGACGCCAUCGGCAAGUGCCGGGCGCUCAUCACGCUUGAGCUCUCGGGCAACAAGCUGAGCGAGCUGCCGGUAGCCGCGCUGGCGUCUCUGCCAGAGCUGGAGGAGGUUGGACUUGCAGACAACGUGUGGCUCGGGCCGCAGUACAUGGAUCUUGUGCAUGCCAAGGGUGCGCAGCGGACGCGCAACGCGAUGAAGGCGCUUGUGGGUGGCGGUGGGGCCAAGGCGCCACCGCUGCCUGCCAAGGCGCCGAAGCCUGCGGCGCGGGCACCAGACGGAGUCGCACAAAUUUUGCAACCGCGGAAGCCGCCGGUCCGCCGCAGCGGCGCGCGCGGGCGCGGGCGCGGACGCGGGCAUGGCACGGCGCCAGGUCGAUCGGCUUCGCCGCUGCCACCACCUCGUGCGGCAAGGAACGCGCGCCGGACGUCGAUGUCCGAAUAUGAUAGCCGGGGCGGGACACCAGUGGUGGAGGACUCGCCCAGCGCGGCGCAUCUGUCCGCAGCGCGCAAGGGGGCGAUGGCAGCGGCCGCCGCCUUUCGCCGCCCGGCGGCCAAGACCCGGCAGGCGCUGCUGGCACGCGUCCAGUCGUUGUCGAGUGGCUCGCCGAGCCCGCGCGACCGGCCAGUGCCGCUCCCACCUCCUCCUGGCGGCGGCGAGCCAAAGAAGCCAACCAAGAAGCCGCCGCCGCCAGGGCGGGGCGGCGGAUCCAAGCCGCUGCCGAGCAUGCCGGAGCCGGGCAAGAAGCCUGUGCGUCCGCCGCCGGGACGGCCGGCGGCCGCAAAGCCGCUCCCGGUGCCAGCCGUCAAAAAGGCGCCGCCGCCGGUGCCGGGAGGGCCCAAACCGGGCAAGAAGCCACCGCCGCCGCCUGCCGAUGCAGGCCGCAAGCCGCUGGCAAUGAACGGCGCGAACAAUGCGCCGGCGCCGGGCAGCUCGCCGCCCAAGGCACCGUGGGUCAAGGGCGGGCGGGCGGCGCCGCUGCCGUCGCCGACAGCAAGCGGGCGUGGCACACCGCCGUGGCGGCCCCGCGGGGGCGAGAGUGGCGGCGGUGGCUCCAACUCGUCGGGCUCGUCAGCCUCGGCUCCCAAGGUGCCAGGCGGCAAACCGCCGCCGCCGCCGCCUGCAGGGCUGCGGUCGAAGAUUGCAGCCCGACGCGGGCGCGGACGCGGUGGCGGGCGGCGGCUGUCGCGGACGCUGGCCAACCGCCCGCCACCCGGCCCGCCGCCACCGGUGCCAGCGGCGGCGGCAGCAGCCAGCCCUCCGCCAGCAAGCGACUCGGUGGAGGACCUGCGGCAGAAGCUGGCGCAGAUGGAGGCGCAGCUCGCGCGCGAGCGCGAGGAUCGCGAGCGGGCGGAGGAGAAGGUCCGCGAGGAACAGAGCCGGCGCGAACAGGUUGAGGCCAAGAUCCAGGCCGAGGUUGAUGCCGGAUCGGUGGCGGCGUACACCGAGCUGGACCUCUCGGAAAUUACAUGGGGCACGCGGCUCGGGACCGGCGCGUUUGGCGAGGUGUACUCGGGCGUGUGGAACGGGUGCGAGGUUGCAAUCAAGAAGCUGUUCGGCAACGCCGACCCAACCGAGUUCCACCAGGAGGUGGCAUUUCUCUCGCGGAUCAGGCAUCCAAACGUGGUCCUGUUCAUGGCGGCGUCUGUGCCGGACCUGUGUAUUGUGACAGAGUUCUGCGCCCUCGGCUCACUCUACGACCUUCUCCACGAGUCGGACACUGAGUUUGAUGACGACCUCAUCUUCCGAUGCGUCAUCGACUCGCUUCGCGGAAUGACGUAUCUCCACUCGUGCAACAUCAUCCAUCGCGACCUCAAGACCCAGAACCUGCUCGUCGAUGCCAACUGGAACAUCAAGGUCGCCGACUUUGGCCUUGCUCGCUUCCACUCGGCGACAGCGGCAACCAUUAAGUCGACGGUCGGCACGUACAACUAUAUGGCACCUGAGGUGAUGAAUGGCGACCGGACGACCGCCAAGGCCGACGUGUACUCUAUGGCCAUCUGCGUGUGGGAGCUCCUUGUCCGGCAAGUCCCGUUUGGCGACCUCGACCUCCCGCAGAUUGUCCGUGUCAUCGACCGCGGCGGGCGGCCGGGCCCCAUCCCUGACAAUGCGCCGACGCUCCUCCGCGAGCUCAUCUCCGAGGGUUGGGCCACCAAUCCGGACGAUCGACCUUCCUUUGCUGACCUCCUUGCAGCUUUUCAAUGACAACCCGCUGUUGGCCGUCUGCCGUCGCCACCUUGCUCUCCUCUCCUUAGCCGAUUCCCAAGAACGCACGACCAAGAAAGCGCACGAACCACAACGCAAGCACGUUGUCCGUCGCUCCCCACCAUGCCCGUCGUGCCUGUCUUUGCUGCCCUCUGCCACUCUCAAAUCCGCUCUACAUCAGACAUGUUUGAGCAGGGCAGGGCAGAAGGGAGAAGAAAAAAAAAGCAACGAGUGGGGAACAAACAAACACCC